UCUGCCAUCAAGUCGAAAUACACCGGACAAAUGGCGAAAGAUCAAGGAUUCAAGAAAGAACAACACAACAAGCAAGACUGCCUCUGAUCUGACCGAGUACGAAAUGAAGGAACGAAAGGAAGCAGCCCAUGCCUAGAAAUCCAGGUCUUGACAAGUGACAUGGAAAAGAAGGAUACUGGUAAUCAUACCUGUACCAAGUUAUCUUCUAGUAAAGGGGCUGUUUCACCCACCAAGCAAUAUUCGCCAUCUGGAAGUCCUCAUACACCUCAAUCCAAGGGCAAGGGUGCAAAAAAGAGUGAUGUUUCCAAGGACAGACCAAGGGUGCAGAGCAGACCUAUGGACAAGCAGAGAGCCCCGGAUACCACGUCCAACCAGACCAGGAAUUACCAGAAGAAAGAGAGAGAGAGGGAGAAUCAUUUAAAGGCCCCAAAAGGCAUUGUAAGCCCAAACUCUAGCCAAGCAGGAUUUGAUUCAUUACAGGUUACCGUCAAUGGUGAUAAGCAGGGACGUUCUGUCCAGAAGCAGUCUGCCAAGAAGAUGGAACGGAACUAUGCCAAGAAGAUGGAGAGGGGUAUGGUGAUGAAGAAUUCAAAUGGGAACAGUGCAGAGGAAGCGAAAUGGGGGAAACCAGACCCUAACAGUGUACAGAUUCUUCAGAGGGAGGGUAAAGCAGUGCAGGAACAAGCAGGAAAUACAACCCCGACCAAGCCUGGCAAAGGGAGUGGCAAAAAGAGGACUAUUGAUAGGAAACCCCUGGGUAAGCUUGUCAAUGCAAAACUCAGAGAAGGUGAGGAGGGUUCCAAAGCUACAAGUGGAAGGACAAGCCCAAAGAAAUCUGGUCAGCAGCCAUCCAAGGAACAGCAGCCAUCCAAGGAACAGGAGAGACAGCCUGGAUGGAAGGUACAGAAUUCUGAUAAUCCUGCUGCAGACCAAGAGUUACGAGGUGGGAAUGAUAGUGCUGAACCUUGGAAAAACAGCACGGAGAAGCAGGAGCUUGAACUUGAGAAGACCUAUAUCUUCAGGCUUACCAAAAGGAGCCUGAAGUUUCCAAGAGCACUUUACUACUGCAGACUCUGCAACUAUCACAUUGACACCUUGCCACAAUGUUGGUUACACAUUGAUCAAUCUAGGCACAAUAGACUGGCAAAGGCAAAGGAGUCAGAGAAUUUCUUCAAGAACCUUCCUCUGCCUUCCAAGUCCCAUGCCAGAGCACUUACCAAGCUACUAGAGGAUGUCACAGAGGAACAUGCUUUGACAGGGAGAGAACUGAAUCAGAGAAAUGAGGUCAGGCAGCGGGUAGAAGAUGCUCUACAAAGCAAUUUGCCAGAAUGCAAAGUUAGGAUCUACGGGUCAUCACUUAGCAGUUUUGGUUUCCAUGACAGCGACAUCAACUUGGAUGUUGAUUUCCCAAAUGAGAAGCAAGCAUCCAAGAUCCUGCUUGCAGUCAGCCAGGGCAUUGCAUCCAAGGUGGAUGAACAUUUUACUGAGUUUGAAGCCGAUUUUGAGGGAAAGCAUCCUUGUGUUAGAUUCAAGGACAUUGAAUCAGGCUACAGGUGCGAGCUAGGAACGGGUAAUCAGAACGCAAUCCAGAGUUCGCAGCUGAUGGUGGAGUACAACGAGUGCGAUGGACGCCUCAGACCUUUGGUCAUGGGGCUACGCUAUUGGGCAAGGAUGUGUGGUAUCGACCAGCAGUCCAUCGGGGCCAUGCCAGCCCAUACGUUUGUUUUGUUGGUCAUUUAUUUCCUCCAGCAGUGUGAGCCACAGGUCCUUCCCGUUCUCCAGCAGAAGAAUGACCAUUUCAAGACACAAAACAAGAAGUCUGUUGGUGAGCUGUGGAUAGACCUUCUGCGUUACUACCUGGUAGGGGUCAACAUCGAGGAGAUAGUGAUCAGUAUCCGCCAACGAGAACCUGUCCUGAGAGCUGACCUUAAGCUACCCAACAGAAGAAUAGCCAUAGAAGAUCCCUUUGCAAAUGGGAAGAAGAAUGUAGCAAAGUCCCUCACUACUGCUUCAGUGUUCCAGUACAUCAUGGAUCGGUUCCAUGAUGCCCUGAAGUACUUUGGCAUUCCACAGAAUGGACUCUCUCCGAAGAGAAAUUCUCCUGGACAGCCUUCCGUGGACAGUUCAGUGAAUGAUAGUCCAAGAGAACGUGAUAGUGAUGCGAGCAAUUGUAAUGAAAACGAAGGACACUCCAGAGGAGAUAGGGUUCCUGCAGGGAUAAGGUUAAAUAGUUCCGAAGACCUUGGUAUGGAUGGAGAUGACUGUGACACAGCAGCUGGGAUUGGUGCUAAACUAGCUGAGAUGGUCCUUACUGAGGUAGAAUCAGAGGAACCUGAAGCUGUUGGAACAUCUGAUGAGGAUAAUCAAAAUACUAGGCGAACAGGGACUUGCAGCCCCGAAAGGUUAUCUAGGACUGAUGAAACAAGAACGUUAAAUACUAGUCAGAAAUCAGACUCAUCAGGGGAAGGAAACAGUGCAAAUUCUUUGCCGCCUGAAAAGACUUUGCCUUCCUAUCAGGACACCAAUGGUGCUGCUGAAUUAGAUAAUAGCGUAACUAGUGCUUUCAUUAACCAACUUGACAAAUCGUCAAGAAAUAUGGACAAUGCUUUGGCAGGAGACAACAUGUCAGAUUCUAGAAGCGGUCAAAGCAAAGGAGAGAGUGAUGAAGAGUUUGUCUUUACCUUUGACAAGGAGAUAUUGACAAGAGGGGAAACUGUUCAGCUCAUCUGUACCAGCUGCUUGAAAGAGGGUCAUGUUAGUAAGGAUUGUCCGGAUGAUACUCUUCCUCCCCUUAAGCCCCUCCCUCCGAUGGAUCCUAAAUUCUUGGAGUGCAUCAGCAGAGUUUGUGAGGAAAUCCUGUUAAGACACCAACCAUCUCAUCAGGACUUGAGAGGAAGAGAAAAGUGCAUCCGGGAGUUGGAAUACUACAUCAGACAGCAUGCUCUCAGGGACGCUCAGCUCUCGCUCUUUGGCUCCUCUGGGAACGGCUUCGGCUUUCGCAAUAGUGACCUUGAUAUAUGCCUCACUUUUCAAGAUGUCGACACGGGACAGCAUGUGGAUGUCGGCUUUGUCAUCGAGAGACUUGCCGCGGCCCUGAAGAGAAACCACAAUCUCUACAACAUCGUCCCUAUCCCAACAGCCAAGGUACCCAUUGUCAAGUUCGUCCAUCGCCCCACCAGACUUGAAGGAGACAUCAGCCUUUAUAACACCCUAGCCCAGUGCAACACGAGGCUACUGUUCAUGUACUCCCAGAUUGACCCAAGGGUGCGGGCCCUGGGUUAUUCCAUGAAAUUUUUGGCCAAGUUUUGUGAUAUCGGCGAUGCAUCUCGAGGUAGUUUGUCAUCCUACGCAUACACACUACUCACGAUAUAUUUCCUGCAGCAGAGGAAACCUCCAGUGUUGCCAGUCUUGCAAGAGCUGUACUCUGGUGAGAAGCAACCCAUUCAUGAGGUCGAUGGUUGGAAUGCCUGGUUCUUUGAUAACCUCAACCAAUUGCAACGGGUGUGGAAGGGGCGUUACAAGAACACAGAGAGCAUUGGUUCGCUCUGGCUCGGCAUGCUGUGCUUUUACACAGAGGAGUUUGACUUCACCAAGUACGUGGUGAGCAUACGUCAGCACAAACCUCUGACAAGGUUUGAGAAGCUGUGGAUGACUCCGCAGAGGGGCGUGGCCAUCGAGGAUCCCUUCGAUCUGGAGCAUAACCUAGGGGGAGCAGCCUCCAAGAAAAUGGCAAUAUAUAUCAUCCAAGUGUUACGCAAUGCAAGGGACCUCUUUGGCACACCUCGAAGGAUUCCUAGGGAUCAUAUUAUGGAUUACUUCUUGAACCUUGAAGCCCUUAGUGGUGGGGAGCCACCGCCCAACGACCGUGGCUGCCGUAUAUGUGGCAAGAUUGGUCAUUUUGUGAAGGACUGCCCCAUCAAGAAGAGAGGAAUGGAAAGGAAGGAGCAAGAGAAGAGAGAUCGGGAAAGGAGAGACAGACCGCCACCCAAUGACACUGGCACACCUAUCAAAGGAACUCCAAAAGAAAAAUCAACAGAGUCACCAAAUGUAAAGGAAGAGAGGAAAAAGCCAUCGGAAUCCAAGCAGAUGACUGGGAGCACACCAAGUAAAGCUGAAACACCCACUGCCAACAACAAAUCAUCGGUAAAGGAUAAUCCAUCUAGCAGUACCAAGGAAGAGAGAGAAUCGUCUAAACCCACCAAACCAACAGAGCGAUCAGUAGAUGAUGUUGCCCGUCAGCUGUACCCAGUCAAACCGAUUCCUGUGAAGAAAUCAGAAGACACGGCCAAUCUUACCAAAGAGCCGAAGCAAACUGAGCCUUCUACGAGUGUCAAACCAGAAAAGCCCUCUGGCUCAGAAAAGGAAUCCAAGGGUAGCGUGGAACCUAACCCCUCAACUACCCCUGGUGAUCCCCCAGACAAAGCCCCAGGGAUUAACCAUCCAAGAACUAAAAAAGAGAAACCCACUGGUCAUAAUAAGAAGAAGGGGGCGGGGGAAGGUAGCAAGGAGGGGGAAAGAGGGGAGGCAAGGCUUCCUGGUGGGUUUGGGAAUCAUGGAGGAAAGACUCCUGAGCAUAGUGAGCAUGAAAAUGAUCAGAAUGGACAUAGGAGCAAGGUUGAUCCUUCCAAGAAACAAGAGCCAAACCCACCACCUGAAGCAGAGCAUGGGCAUGGUGUGACAAAUGCAUCCACUCAUCGGCAGAUUCCCGAAUCCACUGGCAUCCCGGGUUCGGACAGGGAGAACCCAAAUGGUCCUGGUCCUAAUCCGUUACCCCCAUCCCAGCUCCCGAUGGGUGCCGGUCCACCACCCCCCAUGGGGUUCCAUAACCUCCCCAUCCAAGCCCUCAUGGGGUUCAACAUGCCACCUGAGGAUUUACUGAGGAGCAUGAUAGACCAACACCACCAGCAACAGCAGAAACUCCUGCAGCAGCAGCAUCACCAGCAACAACAGCAGCAGCAACAGGAAAAGCUGGCAGCUUUGUUUCAGGUCAUGGGGAAACAGUCACCGUUGCAUGCUCAGGCACCGACUCAAUCUCCAUCGAUAAGACCACCAACAACUCCAGCUAGUGCUCAAACACUUGAUGAGAUUGAACAGAAACUGAAGAGUAAACAGCAGCAGCAGCAUCAACAGCAGACACCGCCAAGGUUGCCUCCUGGUGCCAAGUCUAUGGAACAGAUAGAACAACAGUUCAGACAAGACCAAUUCUUUCAAAACAAGAAUAUGUCCCCAGGUAUUCGGCCGCAGCAUCAGCAACACAUUAAGCAAGAGACACCUCCGCAGCAUCAGCAACAGCAGGGUCAUCGACAGCAACUGAGUCCACAGCAGCUGUUCUCGCAGCAACCGCCUCAUGGCUACCUGCCUCCAUCCCAGAAGGUGAUAGCUCGCCCUCCAGGAUUAGGAAAUGUCAACAGGGAGCAGGAGCAGGACAAGGAUCAUCAUCCGCAGCAGCGUUCAGCCAACCAGUCUCAACCUAUACCCAUUGACUCUCGGCAAGGUCAGCAGCAACAGCAAUGGCAGCCACUCAGACAUCCCGGUUGGGGAAGCCCAUCAGCCUUCUCUCCACCUUCUCCUUACCAUCCAAUCGCUUCUCCACCCUCCCACCAGCAGUCAGGUUUUCCGCAUCAGAUGCAGCAGCACCCUGCUGCCUCACCACCCCAUAACCUUCUGCAGUCACCUCCAGGUGCUUCCACCCCUCCAGCAAUGGCCCAGUAUUUUGGACACAACCCCUUUGGUCCUUCUGUAUUGCCCGCAGGAUUCUUAGAAUCCAGACAGAGCCCAAUUAUGGCAGUCAGUCCCCCACAUCACCCUCAACAACAGCAGCAGCACCAAGCCCCUAUAUCUGGCUGGCCUCAACAACCUGCUUCGGCAAUGGCAUGGCAAAAGCAACAUGAUUUGCAACAAGUCAGACAACAACAACAUCAUCAACAAUUUGGUGAGCCACAGAUGGCUUCUGCUGGAAGUCCAAGGAGUCCUGUGGAAUCUGAUGGUUCUAUGGCCUCUAACAUCAUGCCUUUGGAAGCACAGCUUGAGGUUCAGCAGGCAUUUGGACAAUCACAUUCUAAUAGACAGGAUAUUGCUCAGUCAUUCCAUUACAGUCCGCUUGGUCUGAACCCUAGUCUGCCACGCUCAACUCACACUAUACAACCCUCCCAGCACCACGUAGACAACCAGCCACUUGCCCCACAACAUGCUAGCCAGCAACACCUACCACAUGCACAGCACCAUCCGCAAUAUGCCCCACAACAUGCUCAGCAACAUCUGCUACAUGCCCCGCCACUGCCACAACACUCAGAUCCAGGAUGGCAACAACAGCAGCAGCAACGUUCCAAUGUGCAGAUCACCACCACUGCAGCCGUUGGUGGUCCAAUCAUGAGUGUCGGUCAGGGAGAUCAACCUGGAGAAUCAGUCCUGUUAAGCAGUAGGUUUCCUCAUCAGACGACGAGGUAAAAUGACCCGACACCUUACAAGUAAACAGUUCACUUUGAUUUGAAUCAAGAGCAAACUAUAUCCUGAUGAUGGAUUCAGUAAUGACAAGUGUUUUUUGUGCUUCUGAUAGCAUGUAGCUCUGCAUGGUAUCAAUCGGUUUGGAAUCUGUUUCCUGGCCGAAGUCAGACAAAGGCCCCAUCCUGGUUGAACAAGAAAAUGAUCUUUGUGGCUCAGAGGUAACAGGUACAGUAUGUGAAAUACUAAAAUACAAAAAUGGAGUAAAGUCAUAGGUUAGUCAAUAUCCAUAGCAUUAGCAGAAACCAUGUACCUUUUCCUGUGUGUGUAAUACAGUAAUAGUGAAAUGAUAAGUCUGAGCUGAUGUCUGAAGUGUUAGCGGAAAACAUUUACCACAGAGACAUUGUCUAGAAGGAUCUCCUAUGUGGACUCCUGUU